CUCGGUCUUUAAAAGGAAGAAGGGGCUUAUCGUCAAGUCGCUUGUGAUCUUUUCAGUUUCUCCAGCUGCUGGCUUUUUGGACACCCACUCCCCCGCCAGGAGGCAGUUGCAAGCGCGGAGGCUGCGAGAAAUAACUGCCUCUUGAAACUUGCAGGGCGGAGAGCAGGCGGCGAGCGCUGGGCCGGGAAAGGACCACCCGAGCUGCGACGGGCCCCGGGGCCCCGGGGCUACGGGGCAGGGCGGGCGCCCGGAGCCUGAGCUGCAGGAGGUGCGCUCGCUUUCCUCAACAGGUGGCGGCGGGGCGCGCGCCGGGAGCCCCCUAAUGCGGGAAAAGCACGUGUCCGCAUUUUAAAGAAGGCCAGGCCGGUGUGUUUAUCUGCAAGCCAUUAUACUUGCCCACGAAUCUUUGAGAACAUUAUAAUGACCUUUGUGCCUCUUCUUGCAAGGUGUUUUCUCAGCUGUUAAGACAUGGAUAUAAAAAACUCACCAUCUAGCCUUAAUUCUCCUUCCUCCUACAACUGCAGUCAAUCCAUCUUACCCCUGGAGCAUGGCUCCAUAUACAUACCUUCUUCCUAUGUAGAGAGCCACCAUGAAUAUCCAGCCAUGACAUUCUAUAGCCCUGCUGUGAUGAAUUACAGCAUUCCCAGCAAUGUCACUAACUUGGAAGGUGGUGGGCCUGGUCGGCAGACCACAAGCCCAAAUGUGUUGUGGCCAACACCUGGGCACCUUUCUCCUUUAGCGGUCCAUCGCCAGUUAUCACAUCUGUAUGCAGAACCUCAAAAGAGUCCCUGGUGUGAAGCAAGAUCACUAGAACACACCUUACCUGUAAACAGAGAGACACUGAAAAGGAAGGUUAGUGGGAACCAUUGCGCCAGUCCUGUUACUGGUCCAAGUUCAAAGAGGGACACUCACUUCUGCGCUGUCUGCAGCGAUUACGCAUCGGGAUAUCACUAUGGAGUCUGGUCGUGUGAAGGAUGUAAGGCCUUUUUUAAAAGAAGCAUUCAAGGACAUAAUGAUUAUAUUUGUCCAGCUACAAAUCAGUGUACAAUUGAUAAAAACCGGCGCAAGAGCUGCCAGGCCUGCCGACUUCGGAAGUGUUACGAAGUGGGAAUGGUGAAGUGUGGCUCCCGGAGAGAGAGAUGUGGGUACCGCCUUGUGCGGAGACAGAGAAGCGCCGACGAGCAGCUGCACUGUGCCGGCAAGGCCAAGAGAAGUGGCGGCCACGCGCCCCGAGUGCGGGAGCUGCUGCUGGACGCCCUGAGCCCCGAGCAGCUGGUGCUCACCCUCCUGGAGGCUGAGCCGCCCCAUGUGCUGAUCAGCCGCCCCAGCGCGCCCUUCACCGAGGCCUCCAUGAUGAUGUCCCUGACCAAGUUGGCCGACAAGGAGUUGGUACACAUGAUCAGCUGGGCCAAGAAGAUUCCCGGCUUUGUGGAGCUCAGCCUGUUCGACCAAGUGCGGCUCUUGGAGAGCUGUUGGAUGGAGGUGUUAAUGGUGGGGCUGAUGUGGCGCUCAAUUGACCACCCCGGCAAGCUUAUCUUUGCUCCAGAUCUUGUUCUGGACAGGGAUGAGGGGAAAUGCGUAGAAGGAAUUCUGGAAAUCUUUGACAUGCUCCUGGCAACUACUUCAAGGUUUCGAGAGUUAAAACUCCAACACAAAGAGUAUCUCUGUGUCAAGGCCAUGAUCCUGCUCAAUUCCAGUAUGUACCCUCUGGUCGCAGCGACCCAGGAUGCUGACAGCAGCCGGAAGCUGGCCCACUUGCUGAACGCCAUGACCGAUGCUUUGGUCUGGGUGAUCGCCAAGAGCGGCAUCUCCUCCCAGCAGCAAUCCAUGCGCCUGGCUAACCUCCUGAUGCUCCUGUCCCAUGUCAGGCAUGCGAGUAACAAGGGCAUGGAACAUCUGCUCAGCAUGAAGUGCAAAAACGUGGUCCCAGUGUAUGACCUGCUGCUGGAGAUGCUGAAUGCCCAAGUGCUUCGCGGGUGCAAGUCCUCCAUCACGGGGUCCGAGUGCAGCCCAGCAGAGGACAGUAGAAGCAAAGAGGGCUCCCAGAACCCACAGUCUCAGUGACGCCUGGCCCUGAGCUGAACGGGCCCACAGAGGUCACAGGCUGAAGCGUGAACUCCAGUGUGUCGGGAGCCUGGGCUUCAUCUUUCUGCUG